AUGAAAGCUACUCGAAUUUCUAGCAACAGGCUUGCCGAUGCAGGUUGGUAUGCAGUUCAGUCCUGUCCAGUAGAUGACAAUGCCUGCUCCGCAAGGACCUGGGGUUGGAACGAUGUUAGCUUCCACGGUUCAUCACAGAUUCCGACUCCUAAUAUUGAUGCUCUGGCACAAGAGGGCGUCAUUCUCACCAAUUAUUAUGUGACGUAUGUCUGCACUCCAACAAGAAGUGCGCUCAUGACCGGUAGACAUCCUAUCCAUACAGGUCUACAACAUGGAGUCAUAGGAUUAGAUGAUCCCUAUGGAUUAGGACUCAAGGAGAAGAUUAUGCCUCAGUACCUCAGUGAAAUAGGUUAUAGAACACACAUGGUGGGAAAGUGGCACCUUGGGUUUUUCAAGGAGAGUCUCACACCGAGUCAUCGUGGCUUUGAAACCUUCUAUGGGUUCUACGGCGGCAUGGGGGACUACUAUACGCAUGAAACCUCUGCGAGUAAUAAUUGGACAGGUUUUGAUUUUCAUUUGGAUGGUUCCAUCUACAAACCAGUGUAUGGGAAAUAUUCUACAGAGAUAUUUACAGAAAGGACACAACAGAUCAUUCGUAAUCAUGAUCAGGAUGAGCCUCUGUAUAUCUACUUGGCUCAUCAAGCAGUGCAUAGUGCCAAUUACGACGGUCAGAGAUUGCAAGCUCCGCAUAAGUAUUAUGAGUUAUUCUCUCACAUCAAGGAUAAAAACAGGAGAAAAUAUGCUGCAAUGGUAGCAGCUUUGGACGACUCAAUCGGUAACAUUACAAAGACCUUGAAAGAAAGCGCCCUCUACGAGAACACCCUUAUAGUCUUUACGACCGACAACGGAGGACCCGCUCACGGCUUUGAUUACAACUACGCAAGCAACUGGCCACUGCGGGGGGUGAAACACACCACCUGGGAGGGCGGGGUACGUGCCGUUGGAUUUGUAUGGGGCGCCCUCAUUGAGAAGCCUGGGAGAAUGAGCGAUGGAAUGAUGCAUGUUUGUGAUUGGGUCCCAACGCUGUAUGGCAUAGCGGGUGGGAAUACCAAUAGUUUAGAACACCUUGAUGGAUUUGAUGUCUGGCCUAUGCUCUCGAGAGGGCAGGCUUCACCUCGCACAGAAGUCCUCCACAUGAUAGAUUCUGCAAUGAACCUGUCUGCCAUUCUUGUUGGGGAUUAUAAACUUGUACAGGGGCAGCAUGGAACAGACUGGGAUGGCUGGUACCCCCCUGAGGGCAUGUCAUUAGCUGAUCUGGAAUCCAACCCCGUCCCUAAUGCCUUUGUUGUGCAUUGCCUGCCCAAGCCUGCCAAUGCCUCAACCAACUGCAAACCUACAGAGAAACCGUGUCUAUUCAACAUACGGCAUGAUCCUUGUGAAUUUUACAACAUAGCGGACUGGAAUCGAGACAUUGUCGAGCGACUCUUAAAGAGAAUUGAUGAAUACCGAGCGACGAUGGUUUCCCCAAGGAAUAAGCCUUCUGACCCACAGAGCAACCCAAAAUACCAUGACAACUGCUGGGUUCCGUGGAAGGACACAAACGAAUCACCUUGAGAAUUUUGUUGUUGCUGAAUAUUUAUAUUAUAUUGGAUGGCUCAGAAUGGAAUACCAGAAAUAUUCCAAGGGUUUGGGAAAAUAUUCCACGAUUCGCAGAUGAGUGGAAUAUUGGCCCUAACGAGUGGAAUAUUUAUGGUAUUUCAUGAAAUAAAGACAUCCAAUAUGAUUAUUAUCAUCUAUCCCAACCCCCCCCCCCACCCCCCCAAAAAAGAGGGAGCGAUUUGAUUUAACAAGUCAUAUCACAUUAUGCCAUUAUCACUUCUUAGGAUCAAUUUCGGUCUUUGACAUGCGACUUGCAUGUAGUUCAUUAUGACGCCAUCGAGCGUAAUUGUGCUCUAUGUUGCGCAUCGCAUUGUUUUUAUUGUUGUACGCGUUGUAUAUUUGAUAUUGAUACUGCACGAGCAAUUGAUGCAGACCAAAAUACGCGUUUUUACUGCAUCGCUAGAACACUCUAUAUAGAUGAUAAUGUUGAAUGUUUUGACGAUUCCAUGACAUUUGCUCCGGAGACAGUUGCUCCCUGCAAAUUCCACACAUUAAUGGAAUGGCCACCUUCAACCAUGGAUUGAACACUACAUGUAUAUCCUAUCCUAAACCUAACAUGAAACCCUAUUUCAUACCUAAAGGCCACCGCACACCUUACGACUGGUCGGCGACUCGAUUUCAGAAUAAAAUGUAGUAGAAUUUGAUGCUAAUAUUGAGACUUGGAAUAUCUUACUGUGUAAUGUUCUAAAUCAUCGUACGAAUACCUAUGUUCAAAUCUGUGACUAUGCUAUCAUCCUCCUUAGAAUAAAAGCGAAUUCAAUAUCUAGUCGUAAUGACGUCAUAGCAGUCGUACGAUUGACUACGAUUUGAAACUAAUUUGGCCUUUACUCAAAAAUAGAAGCUUGCAAUCAUUCAAAAUGGUUAUAUUAGUAUUCUUUCAAUUGAUUUUAACCUCAAAUAAAAUGAUAUGUCCCAUUCACAUUUUCAGAAAAUAAGCAAAAUGCGAUUUUCAAAAUCGGAUCGCGAACACUAGUAAGGUGUGCGGUGGCCUUAACUCUAACCCUAUUUCAAACCUAACUCUAACCCUAUUAUCUUAGACGAACUAAAUUCCGGACUAAUUGUAGCCAGAGCAAAUGAUGUGUCACUGUCUUGACUACCGCGAUAAAUGCUGGUUUCCAUGGAUACGCAAUAUUGACACUUCACAGCUUUGUCAUAUUAACAAAGCAGAGUGGGUUCAUCCAGCCAUUUCACUCUACUUUUGAUUUUAUUAUGUACGUCCAUUUACCUUGUAUUGUUUUUAUCAUUGUGAUAUGGAAAAUAAAUGCCCAAACUCGACAGCUCAGUCAGUAGAGCAGGGGUGGGAUAACAUCUUGGUACGCUGGUGCCCUUUGGUAGGCCAUUUAUCCUCAUGACCAGGUAGAAUGGAAAGGAGCUUAAAAGCCUGUCAAUGGUUUUGGUAAAUACCCCAAAAGUACAUGGCACUUUUCCUUUUCAUUACAUUUUAUAUGCAUGUGCUCCAAAACGGUUCUGUCUGUUGUAUUGGAUAAAUGUUACAAUUUUACAUGAGAUUUCAAUUUAAUCGCAUACCUGGUCAAAAUAGAAUAUAUGGGUAUUUUUGUCAUUUAUUCAAAACACCUUUUCAAGAAAUGGGCUGAAAAUUUUAGGAUAUUAUCUUUGAAAACAGCUGUUUGAUAUCCAAUUACUGAAUAAGUAAAGUAUGUGCUCAAAUCGCUGUUUUAAAGUAAUUUGUUUUUAAUAAAAAAUAUUAACAAAAGAGGGUGCUACAUGUAGAUUUGAAUUUUAAUCCUAACUGCCGGAAAAUUUCCAUAUUGAAAUUCUAACGAAUAAAAAAUGCAUUCAAGAACUACUAUGGUUUUGUAAUAUUGUAAUGUUCGAUGAUACCCAAGUAUAGUUCACAUUACUUACUUUUUACCAAAGCCAAAACAGGGUUUUAGCCUUUCGUCCUUUAGUUGCUUGCCAACAAGUAUUCAUGCUUUCUUCAUCAAUAUUGAAAAAAAUCACCACCAGAAAUCACUACCUUAUUGAAUGUUGCUUUGAAUGUGGUGGCUGUUAUGUUGUUGAUUGUUGCAACAACCGACCAUGACAACUACUGAUUGUCCACGGGUAUUUGACGUGAGCAAAUCAUCUUGAGCUUGUUGUUACAUGUACAUGUAAAUGCUAACUCUUUGUUUUGUAUCACAUUGUUCCUCGUAUGCAAUAUUUUUAGUCAGGCCAGGUGACUUGAGGCAAACUUUUGUGGGUUUUUUUUUGUGCAUGCAUGUUUACAUGGCCAUAUCCAAGGUGAUGUGAGAUGAUUUAUUUUAAUAGCCGUAUGUCCAGUACUAGAUAGCAUUUACGGGUAAACUGCACAAGUUGAAUACCUGAAGUAAAAUAAGAGAAUACUGUAUUCACAAGAAACAUUGGAAAUACAAUUUUGGCAUUACAUGUAUUAGUUUCUGUAAUUUUAGCACAGUUAUACCAUGGCAUUAGGUAAACUGAACUUCAGGGUACAGACUUUAAAGUCUUUUUUUGUACUUUAUUCUUGUGCCUAUGACAAUCCUGUAAUUUGAGAACAGGACUAUACUAUUGUAUUGAAAUAUACUUUUGUAUUUGUACUUGUGUAUUUAUGUACUUAUUGUACUACUAACCAAGUAAAAGUGCUUUAUGUUAGUAUAAGAGACAUACAUGUAUAUACUGCCAUUUCAGUCAAACAUCUAUUCAUGUCAUUCUGAAAUUAAAAAAAAUGCAUGUUUUUAUUUAUUUAUAUAAGUUAUAUAUUCUUAUUUAAUAAAAUCUAACCUCCAAA